CUCGAAGUUACCGCAGCUAAAAGAGGUAAAUAAGAAUUACGGCGUGGCUAUCAAUCACGUCCGAUGGUUAAAACUGGAAAUUCCACACUUCCGUUGCAAUUUCAGUGUCGUCCCCAUCAUCUCUCUCUUCCCACAUACAGACAAUAUUUUCUCUCUCUGCCUUCAAUCGCACAGAGAUAAAAAAAAACUCCGCGCACUCUCCGCAGGGAACGGACGAAGAUAAAUAGAGGAUUUGUAGCUGUGUCCCUACCUUCGUGAAAUCGGUUUUUGAUGAUAUUCAGGUUCUCGAUUGCCAGGCGUGCCUGUAUUAGUCGGCAUUAUGACAUCCUCUGUUCACAGCCUUUCGGCUUUGGAGUAUAUAACAGUGAGGCCGAUGAGCAACAAAAGCCCCCGGAGACUAACUUCCAGCCUUCAUCUCCAGCUAAUGGAAUUUCUCAUCAUGGUAUUGCAUCACCAGCAAUGCACUAUGGAACUCCUGCUCAAUAUGGAGUUGGAAAUGGACAAACAGCUUACCCGUACCCAGACCCUUACUACAGAAGUAUGUUUGCGCCUUAUGACACACAGCCUUAUCCCGCGCAACCUUAUCCUGGCCAGCCAAUGGUACAUAUGCAGUUGAUGGGUAUUCAACAAGCUGGUGUUCCUCUCCCUUCAGAAGCAGUUGAGGAGCCUGUCUUUGUCAAUGCAAAACAAUAUCAUGGCAUUUUAAGGCGUCGACAGUCUCGUGCGAAAGCCGAGUCAGAAAAUAAACUUGCCAAAUCCAGAAAGCCGUAUUUGCAUGAAUCUCGGCAUCUGCAUGCAGUCAGAAGGGCUAGGGGCAUGGGUGGGCGUUUCCAGAAGAAGAACGAUAACCAGAAAAAAGAGAUGGAAUCAAACGGGAAGUCACAGGAGCACAUUAACCUGAACAGUGAAAAUGAAAGUGCAGAGAAAGUGCCAUCUCAAGAUGCAGCUCGAAUGUGAGUUUUCCCAUCUUGCAAUCGUUGGAAAGAUGAGUUGCUUUAAAGUUAAAGUUCUGUGUGUGUACAUUCAGUUUUAGGUUUUUGUAGGGGAACUCAGCAGGUUUUCAGAUUUCUAGUGUGAGCUUUUAUCAUACCAAGCGAAAAAAUAAUGAUGUGAAUUAAGUUGCAUUAUUAUGGUUUGAUGGUUGAUUCUUCUUCCCUGCUCUAAUCCAGGGGCCUUUGUCUGAGUUUUAGGAAUUUACAAGAUACUAGUAUAUUACAAUGACUUGAUUGGGGGAAUGAGAGAAAGAUGAUCAUGUUUUCACUAUUUGCGAUUUUAAUCGAACUUUUUUAACUUGGCUAACAAAGACGUUACUUUUGUAAAUUUCGAUGAUGUGUGUAGUUGAUACAAACUGAUAUGGUGUUCAGUGUUCUCAUUUAAUUUUUACAGAUUGGG